AGAAUGAUGUCUGGGAUUUCAGAUGUAAAAAAGAAGUGGGCUGCAGUCCGGGGUCGCCUAGGCUCAUCACAGGACUCAGACACCCAACAGGAAGCCAACUUGGAGAAUGCUGAUCCGGAGCUAUGUAUUAGACUGCUUCAGGUUCCUACUGUGGUUAACUAUUCUGGCUUGAAGCGGCGCCUGGACGGAAGCGACCAGACAUGGAUGGUCCAAUUCCUGGAAUUGAGUGGGCUAGAUCUCCUCUUGGAGGCUCUGGACCGCCUUUCGGGGCGAGGUUGCUCUCGCAUCGCGGAUGCCCUCCUGCAGCUCACCUGUGUCAACUGUGUCCGUGCUGUCAUGAACUCUUCAACUGGGAUCCACUUCAUCAUCGAGAAUGAGGGCUACAUCCGGAAGCUCUCCCAAGCCCUGGAUACCUCCAACAUCAUGGUGAAGAAGCAGGUGUUUGAUCUACUUGCAGCCCUCAGCAUGUUCUCAACAGAUGGUCAUCACCUUGCUCUGGAUGCUCUGGACCACUACAAGGGUGUGAAGAUGCAUCACUAUCGCUUCAGCGUGAUCAUGAAUGAGUUGCAGGCCACAGACAACGUUCCUUACAUGGUCACGCUCCUCAGCGUCAUCAACGCUCUCAUCUUCGGCUCUGAUGACCUGAGGCAGAGAGAUAAGACAAGGAAGGAGUUUAUCGGGCUUCAGGUUCUUGACAUUCUCCCAAAAUUAAGAGAACAGGAGGAUGAAGACUUGAUUAUUCAAUGUGAAUCUUUUGAAGAAGCAAUGGCUGAAGAUGAGGAGGAGCUUUUGCGAGUAUACGGCGGGAUCGAUAUGAGCAAUCACCAGGAGGUCUUUUCAACUCUCUUCAACAAGGUGAGCAGCUCCCCGGCUUCUUUACAGCUGUUGUCAAUCCUGCAGACGCUGCUCCUGCUGGGGCCAAAUCGCUCUGAUAUCUGGCUAGCUCUAGAGGCCAUCGCUAACAGAGCCAUACUGUUGGCACAGGACUCUCAGAUAGGGUCGUUUGAGAAGAUCAUGGAGCGUCUGGUGUUCUUCAAGGGCAAGCGCUCCGAGGGCGAUCAAGUGGAUGGCCAGUAUGUCGGCGUGGACAAGGCUUCGCAGACGGGUCAGCUAGACCAAAAUCAGCUUGAGAAAUGCUCCACCUCAUCUCAGAAGUCCCUCUUAGCUGCUUCCCCUCUUCCUCCGCCACCACCACCAGCACCACCCCUUCCUCCAAAUAUGACGGGGUCCCAAGUUUCUCCUCAGUGCCCACCACCACCACCCCCUCCUCCACUUCCUGGUGGAUUUGGUGGACCUCCACCACCCCCUCCUUUACCAGGAAUGAUGCCUCCACCCCCACCACCUCCAUUACCUUUCAGUCCUGGCAUGGCCCCGCCACCACCUCCUCCCCCUCUGCCAGGUACGAGUAAUGGACCACCACCGCCACCUGCCUUACCUGGCAUGCCACCGCCACCACCAGCCACUCCCUCCCCAGGUAUGAUAGUGGCUCAGAGCAGCUAUACUCUGGGAUGCAGCACACCUGCAAAAUUGAGGCGAUGUCCCACUCUGAGGAUGAAAAAGCUCAACUGGCAGAAACUGAGAUCUGUUCAUGAUGGUCACUCAAUGUGGUCUUCAGUUCAGAACGAGCCUUCUCCCCACGAGCCGGACUAUAGCAGUAUCGAGCAGCUGUUCUGUCUCCCGGUGACUGAGCAAAAAGAAAAAGGGGCAGCUGCUCCUGUCAAGAAGGAGCCUAAAGAGAUUUCUUUCAUUGAUCCCAAGAAAAACUUGAAUCUAAACAUAUUCCUCAAGCAGUUCAAAUGCUCAAACGAGGACUUUGUGGCGAUGAUUCGAAAAGGUGACAGAAGCAGGUUUGAUGUAGAGGUGCUAAAACAGCUACUGAAGCUCCUGCCAGAAAAACAUGAGAUUGAAAACUUGAAGUCUUUCCAAGGAGAAAAAGAAAAGCUGGCAAAUGUCGACCGUUUCUUCACAUCGCUCCUCACUGUCCAUUGUUAUCACCUGAGGAUUGAGUGUAUGUUGUUGUGUGAAGAAACUGCAUCAGUGUUGGACAUGCUCCAACCUAAAGUCAAGCUGCUGGAGGAGGCCUGUCACUCUCUCAGGACAAGCACACUCAUUCCCAGUUUUUGCAGGCUCAUCCUCGACGUGGGCAAUUUCCUCAACUACGGAAGCCACACAGGAAAUGCCGAGGGUUUCAAGAUCAGCUCACUUCUCAAGCUUGCAGAGACAAAAGCCAACAAGAGCCGCAUUACUCUGCUUCAUCACAUCUUAGAGGAAGCUGAAGUGAACCACCCAGAGCUAUUGGCAUUACCAGAGGACAUUGAAGUCUGCCAAAAAGCUGCAGGAGUGAAUCUGGAUUCUCUCCAGUCCGAAGCCAACGCCUUACUUAAACGACUGAAUGAGGCAUCCAAAAAAGUGUCCAAGUCUGUGGAAGAAGUGAAGGAACAAUACUCAACAGUUCUUGAGGAAAAUCUGGAGGCGUGUCAAGCUUUGAGUAAAAGAUUUGUGGACAUUGACAAGAAGAGGAGUGAACUAGCUGUCUACUUGUGUGAAGAUGCCAAUCAGCUGUCGCUCGAAGAGCUUUUCGGAACAAUCAAGACUUUCCGGGAACUUUUCAUCAAGGCGCUGAAGGACAAUAAGACCAGGAAAGAGCAGGCAGCCAAAGCGGAGAAGAGAAAGAAGCAGUUGGCAGAAGAAGAGUCCAAGAGACAGAAGGGAGAAAAUGGCAAAAUAAUCAGGAAAGGCUUUGUGCCACAAGAUGAUGGCUGCAUAAUCGACCACCUGCUUGCAGACAUUAGGAAGGGUUUCAGCUUAAGAAAGACCAGGCCAAGGUGCGAUUCGGAAAGCCUCCCUCAUAGUGAAAUGAGUAGGGAUACCUGCCCACCUGGGUCAAGUGUGAAGCCUGUAGACGAAAAAGCCGCAGAAGUGGCCUCCACCGUUUCCGCUCCCAGCACACUUCCAACAGAGGAUCACCAAGCCAACUCAGGCGAGGUGAACGGCUUCAUCAGCUCACCAAAUGGCACUCCUUUGACACCUCACGGACAAGGUGUGGUUCAAGUGGUAGCUUCAUCCCAACCAACUCCAGAGCAAACAGUCUUGAUUGCACCAGCACCCAAGGAAAGGCUGACGACAUUACAGGAGGAGCAGACCUCAACACCUGCAGUACCCCAAAUUAAUCUUCUGGUGGAAACUUGUCCAUCUCUCCUCACAGAUGAUUCAACUGAAACUAGUGUACUUAGCCCAACCUCCCUGUCAGACUCUGACCUGUUGGAGGCCGUGUUAGAUGGAACUUCCAGCCAGGUACCUGAGGAGCCAGCAGACAGUGUAAAUGGCCAGCUUGCAGACAGAAAUUCAAGUGAAAGGAAUCCAAAGGUAGACGAGAACAGUCAAACUAUUGACAAGAGUUGUUUAAAAGAUGCCAAAAACCAAGACAAAGGUCUAGAUUUGCAUGUUGCAAAACCACCUGUGCGAGAUGUAGUGGUGAGCUGCACACAUGAAGACCCCAAAAGCAACAAGACUCCUAUUGAGAGCAUGCUGGGAGCUGAUGUCCAGGAUGGAGUCGAAUCCGAUGAUGUGCCAUCGGCAAGUGAAGAAAUUACUUCAUCACUAAACUCCGAACCAAAGAAACAGAAAAGUUUCUUUAAACGCAGCAAAAAGAAAGAUUCAGGUAAACUAUCUCUUAAGUUCAACCAAAAAAUCAAGAGCCUUGUAAAAUGUCUUAAAAAUAGAUGUUUUGGUGUAUUGCGGGUUAUGUGCCUUUCUUAA